ACCGUUAAACUACAGUUAGGUUAUGUUAAUCCGUCAAAAAUCAAUGAGAAAUGUUUUUGCUCCCAAAAAUAUGGCUUUUUUUCGUAUUUGCAACAACUCUCCCGUGCAAUGCUCUCCGGGAAUACACAAAGGAAGACAUGAGGAAUCUACGUGAGGAAGUCAGGAGUAUGUUUCAACAUGCCUACGAUGGUUACCUUCAGCAUGCUAGUAAUUUUGACGAAUUGAGACCACUGUCUUGUGAUGGGGUUGACACAUGGGGUAGCUACUCCCUCACCCUGAUCGAUGCCCUGGACACAUUGGCUGUAAUGGGGAACAAUACGGAAUUUCAGCGAGUUGUUGACAUCCUCGUGAAUAACUCCAAUUUCGACUCAGACAUCAAUGUGAGUGUCUUUGAGACAAAUAUUCGUAUUGUUGGGGGCCUCCUUAGUGCUCAUUUACUCUCCCGACGAGCGGGUGUUAAACUGGAGCCGGGAUGGCCGUGCAAUGGGCCACUGUUGAGGCUAGCUGAGGACGUGGCUAAGCGCCUUCUGCCGGCAUUUGAUACGAAAACAGGAAUGCCAUAUGGCACGGUGAACUUGAAGCAUGGGAUUCCACCUGGAGAAACAAGUGUGACGUGCACUGCGGGCGUUGGGACGUUUAUUGUGGAAUUUGGAGCGCUGAGUCGCCUUACGGGGGAUCCGAUCUACGAGGAAGUUGCCCUGAAUGCCCUCUACGCUCUGCAGUCCCACAAAUCGCCAAUUGGUCUCUUUGGGAAUCACAUUGACGUCCAGACGGGGCGAUGGACAGCCCAGGAUGCGGGAAUUGGAGCCGGGGUGGAUUCCUACUAUGAGUACCUCGUCAAGGGGGCAAUAAUGCUCAAUCGUCCGGAACUCAUGAAGAUGUUCAAUGCAGGACGAGAGUCUGUUGAGAAAUUCCUCAAGAGGGAUGAUUGGUAUAUUUGGGUAAGCAUGAACAAGGGGCAGGUUACACUUCCUGUCUUCCAAUCCCUCGAGGCUUACUGGCCGGGAGUUCUCAGUCUCAUUGGGGACAUCAAUGCCGCCAUGAAGACCCUCCACAACUACGUGGGAGUUUGGAGACAAUAUGGCUUCCUUCCGGAAUUCUACAACAUUCCCAAUGCCGAAGCAGGUGCGAACCGGGAAAAUUAUCCCCUACGCCCUGAACUAAUUGAAUCCGUUAUGUAUCUCUAUCGUGCAACUGGAGAUCCUUUUCUCCUUCAAGUGGGAGAGGAUAUGCUACGGAGUAUUCAGCAUAGUGCUAAAACUUCCUGUGGAUACGCCACGAUAAAAAAUGUUCGUGAUCACAGAAAGGAAGAUCGAAUGGAAUCCUUCUUUCUCGCGGAAACCACAAAGUACCUCUAUUUGCUCUUUGAUCCUGAGAAUUUCCUCAAUAACGACGGAAGAUCAGGCGUGGUGAUAAACACCCCAAAUGGGGAGUGUGUCAUUGAAGCUGGUGGCUAUAUUUUCAACACUGAAGCUCAUCCCAUUGAUCCGGCUGCCUUGAGAUGUUGCUACGACAUUCCACGUCAAGAUCUCCUGGCUGGGUACAAGACAAUUGACUUCCGGGGGGAUGUGUUCAAGUUUAGCAUUGAAAAUGAGACGAUGCCCGAGAAGCCCGUGGAGAACUUCACAAUAGAGGUGGAAACAGCCAAGACAGACCCGCAGGAAGCGAGGAAGAAUAUUGUCUUUGAAAUUCUCAACAUUCUCAAGGAGACGCGGAAUCAGCAGCAGCAGGAAGUGGAGAAGAGUGAGGUGGUUAAUGCAACAAUGGAGGAAAAACCCGAUGACAGUAUUAUCCUGCCGACGGAAGAGAAACCUCAAGAAGUCACAGAGAGUCCUCCGGAUGACACCACUGCUAAAGAUUCUGCGCAAGAGGAGGAAAUCACAGGAGAAGCUUCGGGGUCUUUUGUCUCAUUCGAUGACGAUAACGCGAGCAUAACGCAAAAUACAUCGGAACUCCCGACAGAUCCGGCAGAUUUGAAGUCUUUUGUGGAUACACAGGCGGAGAAUAAUUCCCUCCUGGCGGAAUUUGUUCAGUCAAUUCUGAAAUCAACACAACCAGCAAGACCAAAGUUUGAUGCACAGACUCUACUGGAGAAAAUCCGCCGGGGACCUUACUACCAAGCAGCUGGGAAUUUUUCUCUCAACAGCGACAGCUACAGCCUCCUCACGUGUCGUGCUCAGAGCUACCUGCAGCGUCUCAGUGUUCACGGGGAGUUUUUCUAGCUAGAGCGUCUCCACCUCCAGAUUUCUUUGUGAUAAAUCCCUUUUUUCUGAGUCUGAUUAAAAAUAAAUUAAAAGAAAAAAA